AGUGCAUGGAUGGUGUAUCAGCCAAUCCUGAAGUACUGUCUAUUUAUUGGCUGCACAGCGUCACAUGGUAUUGUUGUUAAGAUGGCGUCUCCAAGUGGAGGUGACGACUUUGAGUCUUCCUUGCUGAGCUUUGAGAAACUAGACAGAGCAUCACCUGAUCUCUGGCCAGAACAAUUGCCAGGAGUUGCAGAAUUUGCUGCCUCAUUUAAAAGUCCAAUUACAAACUCCCCCCCUAAGUGGAUGGCUGAACUGGAAAACGAUGACAUCGAAAUGUUAAAAGAACUUGGCAGCUUGACUACAGCAAACCUGAUGGAGAAGGUGAAAGGACUUCAGAAUCUGGCCUAUCAACUUGGUCUGGAGGAGUCCAGGGAAAUGACGCGAGGAAAAUUCCUGAACAUCUUGGAGAAGCCCAAAAAAUGAAGACGGCCAUGUUGUUCACCUGUGUGCGUCAGCAGAGAUGAAGUAGCACUCUGAACAGGACACAAACCAGCCACACCACACUGAAGGAAGAUGAAUCUGACACAUGUAUGUGUAGAGUGUAGCACACACCCGUCACCGUAGAGACCGUUUUGGUAUUGAAGGAAAAAAUCGUUGGUCCUUUCUCACGUUAUGGACAUUGUUUUCGUUAACAGUGUUUAAAAGGGCUAAAAAAUCUUCUGAUCCGAAACGUCAGAUCUCUCAUUCAGAAUCAUAAUUUCUCGAUUUUGUGAUGGGCUGAAAUGGAUCCGUUGCAGUCGCCUUCUUGUUAGACCGCAGGUCACUUUAUUCUUUCGGAAGAGUGUAUAUUCUGUAUUUAUUUUUAAGCUUAAUUAAUGGUGUUGCUUUUUUCUCAAAAAGAGUUCUGCAAUAAACUGUUUAUACUCAAA